CCACAAAACAUUUGUGAACAAAAUGCUUUCGUGGGUUUUCUAAAGACUCUGCGAAACUCUGAUGAUGGAAAAGUGAAGGACUUAAUUACUUGCUUCGAUAUCAUUCGUCAACGGAAACGUGAACCAGACAGUAGUGCAGCCAUGGAGAGAAACUCAAGCUUAUGGAAGAACCUGAUAGAUGAGCAUCCAGUCUGCACCACCUGGAAGGAAGAGGCCGAAGGAGCCAUUUAUCAUCUGGCCAGUAUUUUAUUUGUAGUAGGUUUCAUGGGUGGCAGUGGAUUCUUUGGGCUCCUUUACGUCUUCAGUUUGCUGGGUUUGGGUUUUCUUUGCUCUGCCGUCUGGGCUUGGGUCGACGUCUGUGCCGCCGACAUAUUUUCCUGGAAUUUUGUACUAUUUGUCAUCUGCUUCAUGCAGUUUGUCCACAUUGCCUAUCAAGUUCGCAGCAUAACCUUUUCUCGAGAAUUCCAGCUAUUGUACAGCUCCCUUUUCCAGCCUCUGGGGACCUCUUUGCCUGUCUUCAGAACAAUUGCUUUGAGCUCUGAAGUGGUUACUUUGGAAAAGGAACACUGUUACGCCAUGCAGGGGAAAACCUCCAUUGAUAAGCUCUCUCUUCUUGUUUCGGGAAGGAUCCGAGUGACAGUUGAUGGCGAAUUUCUGCAUUACAUUUUCCCCUUCCAGUUCCUGGAUUCUCCUGAAUGGGACUCCCUGAGGCCCACAGAGGAAGGCAUUUUUCAGGUGACCCUCACAGCAGAGACUGACUGUCGGUAUGUGUCUUGGAGGAGGAAGAAAUUAUAUCUGCUCUUCGCGCAGCAUCGUUACAUCUCCCGCCUGUUUUCAGUUUUAAUUGGCAGUGACAUUGCAGACAAACUCUAUGCCCUGAAUGACAGAGUAUAUACAGGGAAGACAUACCACUACGAUAUUCGGUUACCCAACUUCUAUCAAAUGUCAAGUCCAAAAAUACGCAAAUCACCCCUGACAGAACAUUUCCGGAACUCCAGACCGUAUUGUGAUAAAUAACUUCCUGUGAAGUGUGUAGUUUUGUAAUUAUAAAAAAGACUGUCUUCAUCAUUCCCCAAAUGAAAUACAGCAAACUGUGCUCCCCAGUAUUUUUAUAAUUCAAACUCCGAGGCAAGAUGCCGCUGCCAGCUGUUUUGUUCAUCUCAACUUUUGUGUUGUGAAUAAAGUUUACAAAUUUCUCUGUUUUUCUUAUUGGAAUAAAUGGGGGGGUGUGAAUAACUACAGACAGUUUGUCCUUUUCUGUGUCAGAACUGGGAGAAUGAAAUUUUGCAUUCUUGAAUAUUUCCUCAGAUUUAUUCAAAUCUUAUGUCUUGUCCUGUUGAGUUAGACACUGCUUCUCAAGAAGCAGCCAGAAAGGACGCACAACAUGGGAGUGGGUUGCUACUGUCCACAUCUGUGUUUCCAGAAUUCACUUUUUGCUACAACCUCUGAUGAUAGCAAGAUGUAGUCUUGUGGUGGGCAGCGAUUACUUAUUUUAAAUGUAAAGUUAUUUAAUAUGACUAGAAAGUAUAAUAAAUGAUAAUAUGUCAA